AUGUCGAUGUUUAAAGGAAUGCUCAUCAGGUCCACUGAAAAAAAGGGACAAGAUAUUAAUUCAAAUAAUAGUAAAGAUAAUAUUGCCAAACCCUCAAAAAUCAAAAGGAAUGAAAGUUAUACAGAUAAAAGUAUUACUAAUUUAGAAAAGCAAAACACAAAUAAUUAUAAAAAAGAAAUAUACGACAAUUUAAACGAUUUAUCACUAAGCUAUUCUACCGAUACGAAAAAUGAAAAUGACAAUCCAAUAAACAUAAUUAACCGUAGUAAUAAUAAUGACGAUGCUUACACUUAUAAUAAAAACUUAAUCACAUUAAAUGAAGACAUAUAUGAUGAAUUAAAUAAAAUAGACGGUUUUAUUACUACAUGUAAUUUGAAAAAUGAUGAUGCUGGAAAUUUAUAUGAAAGUGUCACAGAUUUGCAAAAGAUCAAGCACAAUGACAAAGUUAGUAACAAAAUUGAGAACAUAGAAAAUGAAUUAUACUCUGCAUACUAUUCACCAGAUGGAAACAAUGAGGAAAAAGAAAAAGAAAAAAAAAAAGAGUUUUCCGAGAAUAUAAACAAUGAAAUAUAUUUACACGAGUUAAAUAAUAAUUAUCCUAGUGACUAUAUUAUUAAUGCUGAGAAUAAAAAAAAGAACAUAAGCUUAAUUUUAAGUUGUGUUCAAAAUAUUUUUAAAAGUACUAACCAUUGGGAGGCUAAUAAUUUAAAGCGUUUAUUAGAAAUUUUAGGAAUGUUUAAUCAUAAAAAUGAAAAUAUGCUUGUUGUUGCAUAUUAUUUUACUUAUCAUUCUUAUAUGAACAAAAAGUUUUUGGAUUUCAAACGUAUAUAUAAUUAUGAUUUACUUAUUUAUAAAUUAUUACUAAAUAUUAAUAAAAUAAAAAAAAAACGAAAAAAAUAUAAAGAAAAAGAAAGGAUAUUUAUAACAAAUGAAAAACUAGACACUGCACAUAUUAUGCAAAAAAAAAUAAUUAAUUAUAAUUUGAUUAUUGCUAAAAUUGAAAAUAAAAUUAUAGAAUUAUUUGAAAUAAAAAAAAAUAUUUAUAAUAACAACUAUCUUUUGAAAUACUAUGUUCACAAUUUGUUUAAAGUUAUUGUUCGUAAUAUAUGCAUAAAUAAAAAAGAAGAAAAAAAAAAACGGAAAAAAAUACUUCAAGAAAAAAAAAAUGAGAUUCUAGAUCAAGAAUCUAAACUUAUAGAAAAAGAAAACGAAAUAAAAAAAGAAGAACAAAAUAUAUAUGAACACAAUGAGCAAAUAGAAAAAGAUCAAACUGCUAUAAGUGAAGAUUUUAAAGAAAUAUCAGAAAAAUACAAUAAACAAUUAAACAACAUAAAUGAUCAAAUGAAUGAUAUUAAUAAUGAUAUUAAAGAAUUAGAGAAACAAAUUGAAUUAAAAAAAAUUGAAAAGGAAAAGGUUAUGCAAAUUAAAGCACAGCUCGAAAAGGAAAAAGAGGAAGAACUAAAAAAUAUAUCAAAAAAACAAUCAGAAAUAAAUACUUCAAUUAAUUUUAUUAAAAAUACGCAAAACCUUUUAAAUGAAAAAAAAAAUAAUAUUAUAAAUGAAAAAAAUAAAAUAAAAAUACAUUCUCAAAAUUUGUUAACUCAAUACCAAUCAUGUUAUCAAAAAAGUCAUUCUAUUAGUUCAUUAAUUUCAAGCAUCAAUAAAAUAAUUCAAAUACUUGAUGAAGACAAGACCGAUUUAUUUUACACUCAAUCUAAUUGUGAACAAGAUAAAAAAGAAUUUUCUAAUAAUAUAUCUGAGUUUGAUAAACAAAAAAUUUCACAUGACAAUACUAUCUUGGAAAAUGAUGGUGGCACAAAUACAAAUAAGAAGGAGAUUUGUAGAGAUGAUCACACAAAUGACAAAGUAGAAACGAAUGAACAAGAUGGAGAAAUGAAAAAAGAAAAUAAAAAAUCAAGCCUUCUAUAUAUAUUAAAAAAUGUGUACGUAUUAAAAAAAAAAAUAUUUGAAUUAGAAAAAAAUUGUAAAAAUAUUAACGAGCAAAAAAAAAAACUUAUGAUUGAUAUUAGUCAAUAUAAAUGUGAGAUAGAAAAUAUAAAUAUUAAAAAGGAAAAUUUUAAAAACAAAAAAAAAAUAUUACUUAAAAACAAAAUGCUUAAUGAAAUUAAAAAUAUUAUAAAAGAAUAUGAUGAAUUAUUACAGACAGAAGAAAUUAUUUUAAAGCAAGUAGAAAAUUCAAAAAAUGAUUUGGCUGUUUUAAAAAAAGAACAUCUUUUAAGUAACGAGGAAAAAGAAAAAUUGAAAAAAAAAUUAUUUAUGUUAGAAAAAAAAUUAAUAAAAUUAGAAAUUUUAUACUUCAAACACAUAUUAAAUAAUCAAAUUAUUCAAAAAACGAAUUUAGAGGAUAUUUCAAAAGAAGGGGCAGAAGAUGAAAAUAAACAAAUUUCACAAACUGAAGUAUAUCAAACUGUAGAAGAGACAGAAAACAAAACGGACAAUGAUGCCUUUAUAUUUUCUGACGAAUCGGAAACAGAAGAAGAGGAUUUUGAGGCCAAAAAUAUACUCAUGAAAAUUGUGCGUCAAAUGGAGGAAGCACAUAUGGGGACCACAGUGAACGAUCUGGAAAAUGACGACCUGACAAAUGACGACUUGGAAAAUGCAGACCUGGAAAAUGACGACUUGGAAAAUGCAGACCUGGAAAAUGACGACUUGGAAAAUGACGACUUGACAAAUGACGACCUGACAAAUGACGACUUGACAAAUGACGACUUGGAAAAUGACGACCUGACAAAUGACGACUUGGAAAACGAUGAAGAAGUAAACAGUGAGAAAGAUACUGAAUUGAAGGAGCAUGAAUUAAUUGAUGAAACAACCGAUGUGCUAUUAAAAGAAAUGGAUAUCAAUUUAUUGGGAAAAAAUUAUGAUAAAGUUACAAAUGAUAAUGGUCCUUGCAAAAACGGCGAUGAUAACAAAAUGUUAAAUGCAAUAGAAAAUGUUAACAUUGAAGAAAGGACAAGUUUUCAAGAAAUAUUUCAAAAGUAUAAAAAUAUUUAUUGUGUUAAUGAAAACAUAGAUUAUAAUUUAUUAGAAAAGGAAAUAGAUGGUUUUGGGAAUUACAUAAUAAAAGAAGAAAAAAAUUUAAAAAGAAAAAAAUUAAUAAUUUUAAGCAAGAAAAAAAAUGUAUUAAAAAAAUAUUAUGAAUAUAAUUCGGAUAAUAGCGAAGAUGAAAUAAACAUUUAA